GGCGCUCGUUCAGGCGGAGAGCGGGUGGAGGUCCGUCGCGGCGCGUGCCCUGGUGGGCGACGCAGCGCUGUGGUGGAUUGGCGCUGAAUUGGCUCGCGCCAAGAAGUUCGCCUCUGCCGCGGGGGUGAUCCGCAACUUCGUGCGCGACCUCGACUCGAGGCGCGCGGCGCGCCUGGUGGCGAGGGUGCGUCUUGACAAGUUGAUGGGGCGCGUGCAGAGAGUGAAGAUCUUGCGCGGGGCGGCCGGUGCGAAGGUCCAGGCGCUCAGGCGAUCAGGGCUGGCGCCGUCUUGCGCGCGUGUUUCUGCUGUCGCUGGCAUCCCUGCCCUUGCCGAGCAGUCGAGGCGGUCGGCGGCGGCGCGCGGGGUCGAGCCGGGCGGGGCGAGCAUCGCGGCGCGCCUGGCCUCGAAGAGCGACAGGCGCGGUGGCUGUGUGGCCGCGCUGGGGGCCGCGAGCACGCGCGCGUGCUUCGCGCGGGCCAGCGGCUCGAG